CAAUUUGUUAUUGCAGCUGGCUAGCUAACAUGUUAGCCUGCUAGCUAACUAACUAGCUAGAUCGUUUAUUAUGGGACAGCAGCCUAUUGUUAGUACAGUAGGUAUUGACUGCUGAAGAGUGGCAGUCAAUAAAGCUGUCUGUCCACUGUCCAGUUAUUCUCUAGUAAAUGGCACUGAUAAGGAUGUAGUGAGCCAUCUAAUCCAUGGUACAAUAGUCACCAAUAAAAACACAGCCAGGAUUGUGCCAAAGUAUAUCAUACUUUACUGAAUCUAGCUUGAAAGUUGAAAGUGGUUGACACUUCACCAGAAGGGUCAUUACAUGGUUUUGGAACAGCAUUCUGCAAAUAAUUAUAUAGAAAACCUCAGAGGAACGUAACAUAACACUUUAUUGACAACACCCAAGUCCACCGCUUCGCUAUGCGUCUCUCCUCCUUCCUGGCCGUGUUCAGGCCUGCUCUUCCCCUUAUCCUGGGGCUCUCUUUAGGAUGCAGCCUGAGCCUGCUGAUGGUCUCCUGGACCCAGGGAGACACAGAGGACUCGUGUCGAGGUGAACUGGGCAAUGGGGGUCUCUUCAUGGGCAGCAAUAGGGGAGACCCACCAGGGGACCAUAAAGGUGGUCCUGGGAAUGAGGACUUCCAGCCACGCAUCAUACCAUACCACAAGGACCCCAACAAACCACACAAGAAGGUCCUCAGGUGAGCAUUUUGGGAUGGAUGCACAGAGGAAUACUACAUCCUAUCCUAACAUUAGAUUUCAGAGACAGUUUGCAAAUGGAAGACACUGCAUCAAUGUGUCUCAAAAAUAUAUGCAGAGCUGUGAGCUGUCGGAUCUCUUUUAUGAAAUGCUCUUUUAUAACUGUGUUCAGAAAAUAUGCACCCCAGUGUGAGGCAUAUGGGUUGUAUUUUCUGCUAACUAACGCUUAUGCAACCCACCCACAUUGCCAAAUUCUUCAUUGAUAUGUGAAUGAGGCAAAUCAUGACGCUCGUUGCAGAUGCAUCACACUUUGUUCCAAAAUGAAGGCAUUUGUAGGUCACUGUCUGUUUGAUUCCCAGGGAUUUUUGUUGUUUGUUCACCUGUUUAAUAGGCUUAAGCUUUUAUCCCUUCAUACUGGGUCUAAACCACUCUAGGGUGGAUGCGCAGUAGAAUAUGUAGGCCCUACACUUUUAGGGAACAGAGAACACAAUUUCUUAGGCUAUACAAAUGUAGGCUAUAUGAAAACGGUCCCCCCAAAAAGGGAAAGACAUGGUCAAUGCUAUUAGACCACUGCUGACCUUCCACCUCUUUAUAAAGAUUGGUUCAAAAAGCCCAUACGGUUUGAUAAUCCUACUGUCUCGCUUCUCUCCGAAUCACCUCUUAAAGCUGAUUAUUGGCCGGGAAUGGGAUAUACUGUAAUUAAACAGUUAACCAAGUGUGUCUGAAGAGCCCACCAUUUUAAUGAUCUUAGAAUGUUUUCAAAGUACAGUCAUGGGACAGAAUGACUCAGAAUGAUCCAUUUCAUUGAAGUGUCUUUUAUGAAAGGCCUAAACCUAUCUGAAGAAUUGUGAUGCCUAUUGAAUAUGACUAUGAUCUCCUUUGGUCAUAGCCUAAAUCCUUACUUCUUGCAGAUGGUGAGAGUUAAGUCUAGACUGUAGAGUUCAAUAAUGAACCCAAUGACAUCCUCUUCCAGUACCUAGCCAUCUGGACAAGAAUGGGCACUAGGCGCAUUCAAGACUUAUAUUUACCAUGACAUUUUUGUUUUUAUCCAAUUUGACAUAUAACAAGUACAUUUUUUGCAGAAAUAAUAUCAUUUUAGUAACAACUUUGUAUAAGCAUAUUAUUGUUACAUAGUACAUUAGACAAGUAAUUGCAUAGUAAUGGAGUUGAGCGUAAAAAAAAAAAAUACUCAGUAAGAUAUGGCUGUUCCUUUUACAUCGCUCAGCUCUGCUCAGUAUUGAGUGAGUUUGAUUUGAAACAGGGAAGGUCCCUCUGAACACCGCUCUCCUCUGAUCAGGACGCGCUACAUCCACACUGAGCUGGGCAUCCGAGAGCGCCUCCUGGUGGGUGUGCUGACCUCGCGGGCCACCCUCAACACGCUGGCAGUGGCGGUGAACCGCACCGUGGCCCACCACUUCCACCGCACCUUCUUCUUCACGGGCCUGCGCAGCCCCAAGGUCCCCCACGGCAUGGCGGUGGUGGCCCACGGCGACGACCGGCCUGUGUGGCUGAUGUACGAGACGGUGCGCCACUUGCACCAGCACUACGGCUUGGACUACGACUGGUUCUUCCUGACCCAGGACGACACCUACAUGCAGGCCGAGAGGCUAGCCGAGUUGGUGGGCCACCUCAGCGCUGGUCAGGACCUCUACAUGGGCCGGGCCGAGGAGUUCAUCGGUGGGGAGGAGAGGGCCAGGUACUGCCACGGGGGUUAUGGUUACCUGCUCUCCCGGAGCCUGCUGGCCCGCCUGCAGCCCCACCUGGACACCUGCCGCAAUGACAUCCUCAGCGUCAGGCCUGACGAGUGGCUGGGCCGCUGCAUCAUCGACUACCUGGGUCUCAGCUGUGUGGAGGUGCACCAGGUAAACUCACAGCUGAGACAUCGUUAUAAAACAUGUUUAUAGAGUUGUUCAAUAGAGUUUGCAAUGAUAAGCUGUCUAUUUUAUCAAUGAGUCCAACGCUGAUAUGUCAUCAUGAUUUACAGUACUUUGACUACACCCGUCAGUUGUCUCACCUGCGAGAUGGCUAACAUUUCCCUCCCCACUGUUUGCAUGUGACCUACAGGAGAUGACGUAUCGCUACUUUGAGCUGGGGAAGAAUGCAGACCCAGAGCGAGAGGACAGAGCCCAGUUUAAGAAUGCCUUCACGGUUCACCCCGUGUCAGAACCCAGCCUCAUGUACCGCCUGCACAAACGCUUUAGCCAGAUCGAACUGGACUGGACCUACCUACAGAUACAGCAGCUGCAGGUUGGUGUUGUGUAAUGGGAUUAGAUAUGCCCUCUCUAUGCUUCGGGCUAUUUGAUGAGUUAUCACUGGUGUUGGUUUGACUGUUUACAGGUCCAGUGUGCAAAUGUUAAAUAUUUCUACAUAACACACCAAUUUCUACAAAUCUACGCCUGGGCAGAAAUUCCUAUCUGAUCCAAUAUGUCAGGGAGCCAGACAGUGACUGAACAUUUUGUCAGGACAUGAUGUGAUGUGUGAAAUUCGUCAUUUUGUGAACAAUCUGUCAGUUUAAAAGUGUCAACAUUGUAAUUCAAUUCAAUAAAACUUUAUCCCCUCAAGGGCAAUUAAGAAAAGUAUGUCAGUUUUACAAGUAUCAAGUCACACAAAGUCCUCCACAGAAAAUGGCCUACAAUAUACAACAGACUUCACAUGAUUCCCUAAUACCAUACACCCCAAACAAUACAUAAAUACAAAAUAUAAUAAGCGUAUUACACUCAGUGUACAAAACAUUAGGAUCACCUUCCUAAUAUUCAGUUUCACACCCCCACCCCCCCUUUUGCCCUCAGAACAGCCUCAAUUCGUCGGGGCAUGGACUCUACAAGGUUUCGAAAGCGUUCCACAGGGAUGCUGGCCCAUGUUGACUCCAAUGCUUCCUACAGUUGUGUCAAGUUGGCUGGAUGUUCUUUGGGUGGUGGACCAUUCUUGACACACACGGGAGCGUGAAAAACCCAGCAGCGUUGCAAUUCAUGACACACUCAAACCUGUGUGCCUGGCACCUACUACCAUACCCCGUUCAAAGGCACUUAAAUCUUUUGUCUUGCCCAUUCACACAAUGAAUGGCACACAUACACAAUCCUUGUCUCAAUUGUCUCAAGGCUUAAAAAUCCUUCUUUAACCUGUCUCCUACCCUUCAUCUACAUUGAUUGAAGUGGAUUUAACAAGGGACAUCAAUAAGGGAUCAUAGCUUUCACCUGGAUUCACCUUGUCAGUCUGUCAUGGAAAUACUUUUGUACAAUAUUGCUAAUAAUAACCUUAUAAUACGCUUUGAGAGACGCUGACCAAGGAGCAAGUCAAACCAUUAAAGUUGAGCCUUAAAAUAAUGACCCUUAACAUUGUUCAUGAAUAUCCUAAUACUGAAGAAAAAAAUAUUUUAAUAGAUGCUUAUGGUACAUGUAAACACUGAAAAGUUGUCUCAUCAUGGUUGUGUCUUCUGUCUUUUGUCCAGGUCCAGAUCAACAACCUGAGUGAGCUGACCCCAGAGGGGAAGGCGGGGGCCACCUGGCCCAUCGGCGUCAACCCCCCCUUCAGGCCCAAAACACGAUUCGAGGUCAUCAACUGGGAGUACUUCACCGAGGAGCACAUUUACUCGUGCCCAGACAGCUCCCCCAAGUGUGAGCUACGUGGCGCCGACCGGGCUGACGUGAGCGCCGUGCUGGAGACGGCCGUGGAGCGCCUCAACGAGCUCUACCAGCCCCAGCUGCGCUUCAGGAAACGGCAUCUGCUCAAUGGCUACCGGCGCUUCGACCCCACGCGAGGCAUGGAGUACGUGCUGGACCUGGCCCUGGAGGCUUUCACCCAGAAGGGUCACAGCCAGGUCAUCGCCAAGCGGGUCAGCCUGCUCCGCCCUCUCAGCACCAUCGAGAUCAUCCCCAUGCCCUACGUGACGGAAGCCACCCGGGUGCAGGUCAUCCUGCCAGUCACGGCCCGCGAGCAGGACUAUGUGAGCAACUUCCUGGACAUGUACGUGAUGAACACUCUGGACACGCAUGACAACGUCCUGCUCACCUUCCUGUUCGUCUACGACCCCUUCGACGCCCAGCGGAUCAGUCAGGCUGACGUGUUCGCCGGCAUCAAGGCCAUGAUUGGCGAGGUGGAGAAGCGUUAUAGCGACGUGAAGAUCCCCUGGAUCAGCGUGAAGACGGAGGUGCCGUCACAGGUCAAGCUGAUGGACAUCAUCUCCAAGAAGCACCCGGUGGAUACGCUCUUCUUCCUGGCCUCGGUGUGGACCGAGGUCAACGCCGACUUCCUCAACCGCUGCCGCAUGAAUGCCAUCAGCAACUGGCAGGUGUUCUUCCCCGUCCACUUCCAGGAAUUCAGCCCGGCAAUUGUGUACCGCGACCAGCAGCCCUCAGCUGCCUCCUCCUUCACUGCCGAGGCGCUGCGCGAUGGACGCUUCGACCGCCACGUCUUCGAGGAGGCCUGCUUCUACAACGCCGACUACAUGGCUGCGCGCACCAAGAUGGCCGCCGACAUCCUGGACAACGAUGAGCUGCUGGAGAGCAUGGACGUGUACGAGAUCUUUGUGCGCUACUCGGGCUUGCACGUGUUCCGGGCGGUGGAGCCGGCGCUGGUGCAGAAGUAUGUGCGGCGGGCGUGCAACCCGCGCUUCAGCGAGGACAUCUACCACCGCUGUGUGCUCAGUAACCUGGAGGGCUUGGCCUCGCGAUCCCACCUGGCCAUGGCCCUGUUUGAGCAGGAGCAGGCCAACAGCACCUAGAGGGUCUAGUUGGGCUCUUCCACUGCAGCACUGGUGUCACUCCAGACUUUUCUGGACCAGGCCUCAGAAGGCAACAUCUUUGGGCCAAACACUGGUGCAGAGCCUGACAGUGGAAAUGCACCAUACUGUAGGUCUACCAUCUAGAAUGACAUGGUGCCUUUGGCCUUUAUGAACCUCAACCACACUGCCUAGACUUUUGGAGUAGGCAUAUUAUGGGAUGCUUAAUCUUUAAACAGAUCCCUAAGGACCAAGGAAUAAGGACCCAUGUGCAAUCUUAGGCCUGCGAAGACUGAGGAACAAUGUUACAACAUGUAUUCCUGCAAACUGUGUGUGCAGGCUGCCAGAACUCUGUGCUUUCACACAAAUGGUAGGCCAAGGGGAGGCUCUAUUCGGAGGUGAUGAAUGAACAAUGAGCAACAUUGAUGUCUGAUUAGGGCUGGGUGGUAUACCGUAUUUUACUAUGUACCUGUACUGAUGCUAGGACCAGUUAGUUUUUUUACUUUAUCUUCAAUAACGGUAUUUCAAUGUUUGGUUUGUUAAAUGUGAU